GGGAAACCGCGGAGGUGAGCGGAGCGGGCGGGUGGUUGAAGUACUAGCGGCGUGAGCGCUGCCGGCGCCGGAUGCCCGCCCGCCGCAGGAAAAAAAAAUAAAAUGGAAGGCCUGCUUGACGUUGCCUCUUUUUCUACCAAACUUCAAAACACUCUCAUCCAGUACCAUAGCAUUGAAGAUGAUAAAUGGCGAGUUGCAAAGAAAAUGAAAGAUGUAACAGUUUGGAGAAUACCUUCAGAAGAAUUUAAUGGUUAUCUCUACAAAGCCCAAGGUGUUAUAGAUGACAUUUUUAGUAGAGUAAUAGACCAUAUACGUCCAGGGCCCUGGCGCUUGGAUUGGGACCGUUUAAUGACUUCAUUGGAUAUUUUGGAGCACUUUGAAGAGAAUUGCUGUGUUAUGCGUUAUACUACUGCUGGUCAGCUUUGGAAUAUAAUUUCCCCAAGAGAGUUUGUUGACUUCUCCUACACUGUGGGCUAUGAAGAAGGACUUUUAUCUUGUGGGAUAAGUCUUGACUGGAGUGAAAAGAGAACAGAAUUUGUUCGUGGAUAUAACCAUCCCUGUGGAUGGUUUUGUGUUCCACUUAAAGACAACCCAAAUCAGAGCCUUUUGACAGGCUAUAUCCAGACAGAUCUACGUGGAAUGAUUCCUCAGUCUGCAGUAGAUACGGCCAUGUCAAGCACUUUAACUAACUUCUAUGGUGAUUUACGAAAAGCCUUACAGAAAGCGUAAUAUGUUAAGAUUUGUAGUAUGGAGAUUUGCAGAAUCAGUUCUUCCCCUCAGCUACGUCACAUGUAAAAGUCAGUUCCUGUCUUCUGCAUAGUGUGUAGAAAUAUUUGAGCUGUUUUGGGUUUAGUACUACAAUGUUUUGUAAGUCAAUAUUUGCACAAGAGAAGGUUGUUUACCUUUUCUUACUUAUUUGCACAUUGUUAUGGAAGUAUGUCUGGUAAUGGAAAGUAUCACAGAAGUCUGUGAAGACUUAGAUAUAGGUCUUCAGGUCAGACUAUUCACAGAAGUGAAAUAGUGCCUCUGUAUUGUUUAGUAACUAGCAAAAGUCUUCCCUUCUUGUUAUUCUUGUUAUUUUAAAGCUUUAUGAAUAUCUUGUAAAAUUUUAUUUCUCAAGGUAAACGUUUGGUAUUACUUUUGGUAAUGAAUUUGCCAGGAACAAAAGGAAGAAUGCCUUCUUUGUAUUUUGUAAAGAUGAGAUUGUCAAUUGACUUGUAUUAUUUUAACUAUAUUAAAAAGACCAAAAAUGAGUGAAGCAUAUUUAUCAUAGUAACUGUAGGUACAAUUCAAAUACAAUUUAGUUUUGAUAUCUAAAUAGUGUUAUUUUAUAAAAUCUUUAAAAGCAUAUUGUAUUCUUUGGGGAAUUUAUUUUGUGAGCAUAAUACUGUUUUUCCAUGGAUAUGAUUUUAUUAAAUAAACGUUGUAUAUGUACUGGUGAUACCACACUGUGCAGCAGCCGGGGCUAUAGAAAACAGUUAGUGGAAGCCUCAUUACUGACAGAGCGUCACCCCUAGAAAGUGAGAUUCAGUGAAUGCUCAGUGCAUGUUUCAGUAUCAUUUAACUCUAAGCAUUACAUACUGCAUCGUAACCAUUCACAGCUGUGCUGUAGUCUAGAACGAUAACGAAUGCAUGUUUAGAGUUACCCGAUUGCCCACCUGUCAAGUGAUAAAUGACCUGAAUGAACUAGGAGUGGAGCUAUCUAAAUGGACAUUCUUAAUUGUAGCAUUGUUGUUUGACUUCAUCUUCUAUGCAGUGUAGUGCUACAAGUGGUAGUCCCACGCACGUCUUUGUGUUCAUGUUUGUUUCCAUGUGCUCGUCUUGAAAUCCAUCUCAGUGUUGAGUGUAGUUCCUUCCAGGUUAUUGUUUCUGCCAGUCUUUUUUGCUUCCUUUUCCUUGUCAAAUUCCCUCCUCUUUUUUUUUUUCUUUCUUGUUUAGGGUAAUAUGGAGUGAGCUCUGAAAAUAAUCACAUGCAGGCAAGACAUACAAAAAAGGACACAAAAGUAUGUAGUGAUUCAAGUGCCUGAAGGUUUAAUGUUAAGAUAUUUUUCUCUGUAAAGAAAGAAGUCAAUUCUUUAGACUAAUUUUGACUGUCAAAAAAGUAAAGUUAUUUUUAUUUUA